AUGGUGCCUCCAGGGAAAAAGCCAGCUGGGGAAACUUCCAAUUCUAAUAAAAAGUGUAAGCGCUAUUUCAAUGAGCACUGGAAGGAAGAAUUUACCUGGCUGGAAUUUGACUAUGAGAGGAAACUCAUGUUUUGCAUAGAGUGUCGGCAGGCGUUGGUGAAGAACAAGCACGGUAAAGCGGAGAACGCCUUUACCGUGGGCACGGACAACUUCCAGCGCCAUGCCCUGCUGCGGCACGUCCCCUCCGGCGCGCACCGCCAGGCGCUGGCGGUGAACCGGGAGCAGCUGGCGUUCGAGACCCGCGUCCACGGCCACCCGGAGCUGCGCUCGGUCAUCAAGGUGGAGGUGAACCCGGCGAAGGUGGCCGUCCUCGCCACCGUCUACUGGAUGGCGAAGGAGGAGGUGCCGGAUGAGAAGUGCUCCUCCCUGCUCGACUUCCAGAAGUUCAACCUGUGCCAGGCGCUGCUGGCCUCCGAGCACAGCGAGUACUACCACCCCGGCAGCAUCAGGGGGAUGCAGGCAGCGAUCGCCAAAGUCCUGCACAACGAGGACAGGCGCAGGAUAAAAGCCUCGCCCUUCGUUGGGCUGGUGGUGGAUGAGACGGUGGAUGUCCUGGAGCACCGCAACCUCGCCAUGUUCACCACCACCAUCUCCCCCUGCAACGGGCAGACCUCCGCCACCUUCCUGGGGAGCUUCGAGCUGCCCGCUGGGGAGGCCUCCACGGUGGCGGGCAAGGUGGCCGAGGUGAUGCGCUCCUUCGGCAUCCCCACCAUGAAGAUCACCUGGCUCAGCGCCGACAGCGCCUCGCUGGUGGCCGAGCGGCUGAGCGGGGUGGGGACCACGCUGACCUCCCUCUGCCCGCUUCUCACGGAGAUGCACUGCCUGUCCCACAGGAGCUCCCUGCUGCCGGCCGAGAGCAUCGUCAGCAUUGAAUACCUCCAGAAAUACGAGACCACCGUGGAUGCUGUGUACAGGCUCUACUCCAGCUUCAGGGGGGAAAGCAACGGCCUGCAGGAGCUGCGGAGCGUCCUGGACCUCUGCGAGAUAGACCUCGGGAGCCCCAAAGCCAUCCACUGGACUUCUAUUUUCCCAGCCGUGGAAGCCAUCGAUUCGUCAUGGCCCACGCUGGUGCUGCUGCUGGAGAGCGAAGCGGAGCGGUCACCCGUGGCCCACGGCCUCUGCGAAGAGCUCAAGAAGUUCCAGUUUGUGGCCUUCACCAAGAUCCUCCUGGAUGUCCUCCCCAUCUUCCAGAAGCUCAGCCGCUUCUUCCAGAUUGAGGACUUCGACCUCUCCAUCCUGAAGCCCAUUGUCUCUGCCACAGCCACCACCCUGCAGGCCCAGAAGAAUGCCAGCGGCCAGAACCUCCAGGAGUUCCUCAACGAGAUGAAUGAGCACCCGCGGGAUGACCGGGAGGGCGAGAGCCGCCUUUACUACAAGGGCGUUGAAUUGGCCAACUGCUCCAAGGUGCACCUGAAGCACUUUGAGCGCCUGAAGGAGAGCUACCUAGAGAGCGUGCGGGGCAACCUGCUGGACAGGUUCCCCAGCAGUGUCCUGGAAGCCAUCAGCUCCUUCUCGGCCAUCUUCAACCCCAAGUGCUACCCCCAGUCUUUGGAGGACAUUGGCAGCUAUGGGGUCAGCGAGCUGAAUUUCCUCCUGCAGGCUUACUCCCGGGUGGUGGUGAGCGAGAGGGCCAUGAGCGAUUUCCCCCUCUUCAAGCGGAUCGUCUUCAGCCUCAGCCAGCUCUCCUUCAAGGACCUCUGUGUCAAGCUGGUCUACAGCAACUCUGAGAUGCAUGAGCUCUUCCCGGACUUUGCCGUCCUCGCAGCCAUCGCCCUGGCCUUGCCACUGGGCUCGGUCCUUGCUGAGAAGAUCAGCCGGGGCCGGGAGCUGCUGAAGCGUGGCCGGUCACGCCGCGCAAAGGACGAGGGGCUCUCUGACCUCAUGAAGAUCGCCAUUGACGGGCCAGCCAUCAACGAGUUUGACUUUGCGUUGGCCAUCGAGUACUACGAGAGCAUGAGGGAGUCCGGCUUCAUCGUGGCGCAGGUGAAGUGA